AUGGUAAGAGGGAAGGUGCGGAUGCGACGAAUUGAGAACCUUGCCCACAGACGGGUAACCUUCUGCAAGCGUCGAGAAGGGCUGCUCAAGAAGGCCAGGGAACUCUCAGUGCUUUGCGAUGCUGAAGUCGGUGUUAUCAUUUUCUCCUCUCAGGGAAAACUCCAUGAACUGGCAACUAAUGGAAACAUGCAAAGCUUGGUUAAGAGGUACCAGGGCGACGUGGUAGAAAGUCAAAUGCAAAACAGAGCUCUGCAAAGCCAGGUAGCAGAACCCGGGAUUUAUUUGGUAAGGGAAGAAAUAGAUCAACUUCAGCAGGGUCUAAGGUCCAUGUAUGGAGGGGGAGCAGGGGACAUGACGCUAGAUAAACUGCAUACACUAGAGAAAAGUCUUGAGCUAUGGAUUUGUCAGAUGCGCUCCACAAAGAUGCUAAUCAUGCAGCAAGAGAUACAGUUUCUUGAAAAUAAGGUGAAAGAACAGAAUGAACUCAUGAAUAUGUGCUCAGUCUUUGGUGGAUCUCCAUAUUCAACAAAUCCAGUUAGCAACGAAAACUGUUUCUUUUCGAUCUAGUUUGUGAACCGCCCUCGCCAUGUGUGAUUUGGUGUGUGUCUUGAGAACAUCUAUAUUCACAAGUUCUGUUCUCGGAGUGCAAGUUGUAUUGAAUAACCCAUAUGAUUUGAAUUGUACUGUA